AUGGCUCUCUCCGCCAUCCUGCUCCUCAUUAUCUUCACUGGGCUCCUGCUCUUCUGGGGCCACCCUGUCUCCUGGGGCCGCCUCCCUCCUGGACCCUGGCCUCUUCCCUUCCUGGGGAAUGUCUUGCAAAUGGACCAGAAGGGCCUCCUCAAGUCUUUCCAGGCGCUACGGGAGAAAUACGGGGAUGUCUUUACUGUCUACCUGGGGUCUCGGCCUGCCGUCAUCCUGUGGGGGUACGAGGCGAUGAGGGAGGCCCUGGUGGAUCAGGCCGAGGCAUUCUCUGGCCGAGGGCACAUCGCCAUCCUUGACCCUGUCUUCCAGGGAACAGGUGUGGUCUUUGCCAAUGGAAAGUCAUGGAAGGUUCUACGGCGAUUCUCUGUGACCACCAUGAAAGACUUUGGGAUGGGUAAGCGGACUAUUGAGGAACGAAUAAAGAAGGAGGCUCAGUGUCUGGUGGAGGAGCUUCGGAAAUCCCAGGGGGCCUACCUGGAUCCUCAUUUCCUCUUUAACUCUAUCAGCGCCAACAUAAUCUGCUCCAUUGUCUUUGGUGAGCGCUUUAAUUACCAAGACCCUAGACUAUUACGGCUGCUACAUUUACUUAAUGAAAUCUUCAUUAUUCUCUGCUCCUUCUAUACCCAGGUGUUUGAAAUUUUCCCGGGCAUCUUGAAACACUUUCCUGGCACACACACCCGCUUGUACAGCAUGAUUCAAGAAGUGAAAGAUUUUAUCAUUGAGAACAUGGAGAGGCACCAGAAGAUGCUUGAUCCCAGUGGCCCUAAGGACUUCAUUGAUUCCUUCCUGCUUCGCAUGGACAAGGAGCGCUCAGAUCCUGAGAGUGAGUUUCACCAGGAGAACCUCGUUCACACGGCGCUCUCACUGUUCUUUGCUGGUACAGAGACGUCUAGCUCCACACUCUGCUUUGGGUUUCUACUCCUUCUUAAGAACCCCGAUGUCUUAGAGAAAGUCCAGGCAGAAAUCGACAGAGUGAUUGGUGCACACCGUCUCCCAGCUCUGGAAGAUCGGCCAAAAAUGCCUUAUACAGAUGCUGUCAUCCAUGAGAUUCAGAGAUUCAGUGACCUAGUCCCUGUUGGUGUCCCCCACUCUGUCAUCAAGGACACUCACUUCCGGGGAUAUUACCUCCCUAAGGGCAUUACUGUGUACCCCAUCCUGAGCUCUGCCCUCCAAGACCCACGCCACUUUGAGAAGCCAAAUGCCUUCUAUCCUGGCCACUUCCUGGAUGCGCAGGGCAACUUCAGGAGGCCAGAAGUCUUCAUCCCAUUCUCCAUGGGAAAACGCCUCUGUCUGGGUGAGAGCCUGGCCCGCUCAGAGCUCUUCCUCUUCUUGACCUCUCUGCUGCAGAACUUCUCCUUGGGGUCUCCCAAGGCCCCUGAAGACAUCGACCUCACGCCCAGGGAGAAUGGGCUGGGGAGAGCGCCCCCUGUGUUCCAGGCACGGACCACCGCUCUCUCCGCCAUCCUGCUCCUCAUCCUCUUCAUUGGCUUCCUGCUCUUCUGGGGCCACCCUGCCUCCUGGGGCCCUCCCCCCGGACCCCGGCCUCUGCCCUUCCUAAGGGACGUCUUUCAAUUGGACCAUAAAGGCUUUCUCAAGCCAUUCCAGGCACUGCGGGAGAAAUACAGGGAUGUUACCAUCUACCUGCCAUCUCGUUCUGCUGUCAUCCUGUAGGGGUAUGAGGCAAUGAGGGAGGCCCUGGUGGAUCAGGCGGAGGCGUUCUCUGGCCAAGGGCAAGUCACCAUCAUUGACCCUGUCUUCCAGGGGACAGGUCUAGGUUUUGCCAGUGGAAAGUCUUGGAAGAGUCUACGGUGAUUCUCUGUGACCACCAAGAAGGCCUUUGGGAUGGGGAAGUGGAGUAUUGAGGAAUGAAUCAAGGAGGAGGCUCAGUGUCUGGUGGAGGAGCUUUGGAAAUCCCAGGGGGCCUAUCUGGACCCCCACAUCCUCCUUAACUCCAUCACCGCCAACAUCAUCUGCUCUGUUGUCUCUGGUGAGCGCUUUAAUUACCAGGACCCUAGAUUAAUACGGCUGCUACAUUCACUGAAUGAAGUCUUCACCAUUCUCAGCUGCUUCUAUAGCCAGGUGUUUGAAAUCUUCCCAGGCAUCUUGAAACACUUCUCUGGCACACAUACCUGCUUGUACAGCAUGCUUCAAGAAGUGAAAGAUUUUUUCACUGAAAAUAUCGAGAGCCACUGGAAGACACUAGACCCCAGUGACCCAAAGAACUUCAUUGAUUCCUUCCUGCUCCACAUGGACAAGCACUCAGAUCCUGAGAAUGAGUUUCACCAGAAGAAUCCUAUUCACACGGUGCUCUCACUGUUCUUCACUGGCUCAGAGACCUCUAGUCCCAUUGUUUGUUAUGGGUUUCUACUUCCUCUCAAGAAUCCUGAUGUCUUAGAGAAAGUCCAUGCAGAAAUCGACAGAGUAAUUGGUACACACCAUCUCCCAGCCCUGAAAGAUCAGGCAAAAAUGCCUUAUACAAAGGCCAUCAUCCACGAGAUUCAGAGAUUCAGUGAUCUCCUCCCCUUUGGUGUUCCCCACUCUGUCAUCAAGGACACUGACUUCUGGGGAUAUUACCUCCCUAAGGGCAUUACCAUGUAUCCCAUCCUGAGUUCUGCCCUCCACGACCCACGCCACUUUGAGAAGCCAGAUGCCUUCUACCCUGGCCACUUCCUAGAUGCGCAGGGCAACUUCAGGAAGUCAGAAAUCUUCAUUCCAUUCUCUAUAGGAAAACGCCUCUGUCUGGGUGAGAGCUUGGCCCGCUCAGAGCUCUUCUUCUUCUUGACCUCUCUGCUGCACAACUUUUCCUUGGGGUCUCCCAAGGCGGAAGACAUCGACCUCACGCUGAGGGAGAAAGGGGCAACGCGACCACCCCCUGUGUUGCAGAUCAGCUUCCUGCCCUGCAGGGGAGGGGGAAGACGAGCGGAGGUCCAGAUCCCCUCGGAGUCUUUGCCUCCAGCCCCUUCCCUCUGUCCAGAAUUAACGUGUGCAGGCUCCGAACUCCUCCCUGCUUACUCUCUCCUGUGCAAAGUCCCUUGUGUGGUCUCCCCAUUAUCUCCAACCUGCUGUAGUCACCUUCAUCCCCAGAUGGUCUGCACUAUUAACUGAGGAUAUUUCAGGGUCAAGAAAUACCUGCAAUAUCUUAGUGUCACCACCAAACCCCCAGCACAGUUAGGAAAACUGAGGCCCGAAAGGAGGACAAGAUUUAGACCCAAGCUUACCCAGAACAGCAGCAUCAGCACCAGGUCUCCUGCCUCCCUCCCCUUGUCUCCAUCUGCUCUGCACACCCCUGCCCUCCUCCUCCUACCUUGAAUUGACAUGGCUAGUUCAGCCCUCAACUUCUAUGCUGUAUAUCUUCCUCCCCUCUCUGAUUUUAUCCUCCAAAACCAGUGAGACCAAAAUAAAGUUCUGUUCUUUCUGGCCAAUGGCUAUCUGUGCUCCCUUGCUCUCUGUCUUCCGUAAAAUUCAUGUAUUGUAAAAUUAACAUUUAACCACUUUAAACAGUUUCUUGGCAUUGAGUACAAUCACUAUGUUCUGCACCAUCAUCUUUUUCUUCCAAAACAUUUUAAUCACCCCAAAAGGAAACUUCAUCCCCUUAUCAAGUAACUCACCACUCUUCCAUCCCUCUAGCCACCGGUAUGUUUCUUUGUCUAGUCUGGAAGUUUCAUAUAAAUGGAAUCCUACUUCAUGUGUAUUACAAAGCAUUCAGUUAUAAAAUACUUUAUGAGGACUUCCCUGAUGGCACAGUGGAUGAGAAUAUUCCUGCCAACAGAGGGGACAUGGGUUUGAUGCCUGGUCUGGGAAACUUCUACACACCUCGGUGCAACUAAGC